UCUCUUUGUGAUAUAAAACCUGGAGGUCGAGUUUGAAGAGAUCACUCGCCUCCUUCUGCCUGAUCAACCUCUGGAACCUCUCACACCGUGACCAUGCAGCUGUACAUCAGAAGACUGGCAUGCCUGGCUGUCCUCGUUGCGAUGGUGGCAACGACGACUUCUCAACCUAUGAACAUAUCCUCGUGCUGCACCAAGGUCAGCACAGAGAUCGUCACUGCUCCCAUCAUCGGCUACAGGAUCCAGAGGAGGAACCUGCCCUGUGUCCGUGCUGUCAUAUUUGAGACUACAGAGGGAGACGUCUGCAGCCACUGGAGACAGGACUGGGUGUUUGAGAAGAUCAAGGAGUUAGCUCAGGCUCAAAGAGCAAAGAAGACGACUCCUGCCACUACAACCUCCAGCCCAUAGGAGGCACUCCUCACCAUCCUAAAUAUCAAUAGUCGUUAUGAAUUAAUUUCACAUAUUCAUAUAUCUGUGGUAUUUAAUAUAGCAAUUUAGACAAAUGUCUUAACGUCUGUGUUAACCUGACAUUUUGCUAAGGCGAAAUCAAACAUACAAAACCUGCACAUCACGUGCAGUGCAAAGUAAUACAGCUGACACAUGUCCGCUGUUUACUAUAAACAAAAUAAACUUUUAAAAAGAGA